CGGGCGGGCGGCGCCGUCUCCAUGUGGCAGCGGCUGCGCGCCGCUCUCGGCUGGCUCCGCGCGGGCGGCCCGGCCCCGGGCCCCGUCCCCGCGGGCAUGGAGCGGGCCGGCAUGGAGCGGGCCGUGGUGCGCUGCGUGCCGGCAGAGCCCAAGCUGAGCCUGCGGCUCGUGCUGCCCGACGGCAGCACCAGGCACAUGCAGCGCGACCAGGCGGAGCCGCUGGGCCGGGCGCUGGCCCGCCUCGCCGCCACCGCCGCCAAGGGCCGAGCCAAGGCGGCCAAGAAGAGCAGGAAGGCGCGGGCCGAGCCCGGGGAGGAGGCGGCGGCGGCCGGGGGGGAGGCGGCGGCGGCGGUGCCGGCCGUGCGGCUGUUCUCCCGCGACGGGCUGGCGGUGGCCGAGGAGGUGCCGAACGCGGCGGCGUGGCAGGACGGCGCCGUGCUGCAGGUGGGCGAGGCGCGGUACCGCGUGGAGCGCAACCCGCCCGCCGUCACCGAGCUGCGGCUGCCCCGCUCGCUGCUGGCCGGCUUCCCCGUGUGCCCCAAGGUGAGCGCCGAGUUCGCCGCCCCGAGGCACUGCGUCUUCCGCUGGUACCGCCAGCGGCGGCCCGCGGACGGGGAAGGCGGUGGAGGAGACGCGGCCUGGGUGGAGGAGGCGGCGGGCACCGAGCGGGUCUUCACGCCCUGCAACGCGCUCGUGGGGCUGCGGCUGAAGCUGCGCUGCACGCCCGGCGACGGGGAGCAGCGCUACGGGCAGCCCUGCGAGGUGGAGAGCAGCGGCCCGGUGGAGGCCGGCCCCGGCGCCUGCACCUUCGACUCGCGGCACCUGUACACCAGGAAGGUGUGCGGCCACGGCUCCGUCCGUACUGUCUCCUACAACAUCCUGGCUGACACCUACGCCCAGACGGAGUUUUCCCGCACCGUGCUGUACCCGUACUGCGCCCCGUACGCGCUGGAGAUCGACUACCGGCAGAACCUGCUCAAGAAGGAGCUGGCGGGCUACAGCGCCGACCUCAUCUGCUUGCAAGAAGUGGACAAGUCUGUCUUCCUGGACAGCCUGGUUCCGGCUCUGGAUGCGUUCGGACUCGAAGGGCUCUUCAAGAUUAAGGAGAAACAGCACGAGGGCCUGGCCACUUUCUACCGCAGGGACAAGUUCAGCCUGCUCAGCCAGCACGACAUAGCGUUCAGUGAAGCCCUGCUCUCGGACCCGCUGCACAAGGAGCUGUGCGAUAAGCUGGCCGAAUACCCCGCGGUGCGGGAGAAGGUGCUGCAGAGAUCAUCUGUGCUGCAGGUUUCUGUUCUUCAGUCUGCAACUGAUCCUUCCAAGAAGAUCUGUGUAGCUAACACCCAUUUGUACUGGCAUCCAAAAGGUGGGCACAUCCGUCUCAUCCAGAUCGCUGUAGCCCUGUCUCACCUCAAGCAUGUAGCAUGUGACUUGCAUCCCAGUAUACCUGUCAUAUUCUGUGGAGACUUUAACAGCACGCCAUCAUCUGGAACUUACAGUUUUAUCAGCAGCGGUGGCAUUGCUGAAGAUCAUGAAGACUGGGUCUCUAAUGGGGAAGAAGAAAGGUGCAAUAUGCCUCUAACCCAUCCUUUCAAACUGCAAAGCGCUUGUGGGGAACCUGCUUACACAAACUAUGUUGGUGGGUUUCAUGGAUGUCUGGACUACAUUUUCAUUGACAAAACUGCUCUAGAGGUUGAACAGGUCAUUCCAUUGCCAAGUCAUGAAGAAGUAACAACCCAUCAGGCUUUGCCAAGUGUUUCACAUCCUUCUGAUCAUAUAGCACUAAUAUGUGACUUAAAGUGGAAAUAGAUCGGUUCUCCUAUGGUGCUUUUUGGGGUUUUCAAUCAUUCGUUUACCUUUGGGAAACUGAGGUUGUGCCCUGGCUUGUAUGCUACUAAAAGGAAAGUUAGAACUACUGAAAAAUUUGUGUUUAAUGGUUCUACCAAACAUUAACUCACUGUUCAGAAUAUUUGCAUGAUAGCUUUUCCCUUUUUUAUAUGCUAAUAGGAAAAUAUUUAAGAUGGGGAGUUUUGAAAAGUGGAUUAUCAUAUGCCUUUUUAUGGGUUUUUAAAGAUUAAAAACUUUGUUAAAAAAGCUAUAUGAAUUUAGUAAGUGUACAAACUGAACCCUGUUUAAUUCAGAACCAAAUACAGAACCUGAAAAGAAAUUACUUCAGUUAGUUCAAUCUUAUGGUGAUUACUGUUGAAGACCAAACUUUUAAAAUAAAUUCAGAAAUUGUCUUGUGCCUAGUUUUUUAGCAAGCAGCAUGAUGGAUGUAUUGGCUACUUUCUGAAAAGAAGGUCUUUAUCAGUGAAUGGACUUGUUCAGUCAACAACUGUGUUAAAUUGAAUAUCAUAAUUCAUUUGGAAGCACUUUGCCCACCUAGUCUGGGUAAUGAGGGUAACUUCAGCACCUGUUAAAACUGGAUUCCAUAUAUAGGCUGUAUCCACAUGUUUCUUCUGUUGUCUAUUGUCAUUAGUAAUAUAAGAAAUAUUUAAGUUUAAGGCAGCUGACUUGGGGUGGGAGGGAACUUUUUCAGUUUAACAACCUGUCUUCAAGCAGGGGGAGGGGCAGAAUAAUUAAGGUGGUAUGUUAUCUAUGCCUAAAUUAAAAAAAAAAGUGACUUGAAAACCUUCAUAAGGUUCUAUUAAAAAUAUUUUGAAUAGUUUUUUUUUUUCCUGUAUUUUUUUCCUGCCUAGACCUGAAUUCCCUGUUGUGUAGGAGAUAAUUUGGAUGUUGGGAAAUGUAUUUUAUCCAUACCAUCACUGAAGGUGUUGGAGGGGUAUGAAUCAUUAACUAUUAUUUCCUUGCAUAAUUAGUUUAUAUGAAACAAAACACCACUUAAAAACACUUUCACUAGAUGUUGACUAAUAAAGUUCCCUUUUCAAUUGUU